AUGGCUUCCACAGAAGGCCUUGAUCAGGUCGAGCAGCAGCUCAAAGCUGUCAUCGACAACUUGUACAUGCUCAUCUGCCAGGCCCAUGAGUUCCGCGGCUCGCAAACAACAGACGCCAUGACCUUCGAAAUCAAGCGUCUGAUCCAAAAUCUGCUCUCCCUGUGCCAGACCGCCCGCGUCCUUCCGACCAGCCUCCCACCAGAAGUCAUCGAAUACGUCGAACGUUCGCGAAACCCUGACAUCUAUACCCGCGAAUUUGUCGAACUGGUACAGAAACUCAAUCAGCAACUCAAGGGCAGAAGCCAGGCCUUCGCCGACUUUAGAGACAUUUUGGCAAGAGAGAUGGCAGGCGCUCUGCCCGACUGCAAACAAGACAUCACCAUGGUCGUCGAGAGUACUGGAGGCAGGGCUCCUGCUUGA